AUGUCCAAGGUAUUCGUCGGCAACGUCAAAAGCGUGUUGAGCGGUGACACACUCAUCUUGACCAGCCCCAACAACCCGACGGCCGAACGGACCUUCUCGCUGGCAUACGUGACCGCUCCACACUUGAAACGAGAGGGAGACGAGCCCUUUGCCUUCCAGUCCCGCGAAUACCUCAGGAAACUGGCCGUAGGCAAACCGGUCCAGUGCACAAUCCAAUACACCAUAACCAACUCUGGCCGAGAGUUCGGUACCGCCAAACUGAAGGAUGGCAGUGAGCUCCCCGACGAGCUGGUCAAGGCUGGAUGGGUCAAAGUCCGCGAGGAUGCCGGCCGCAAGGAAGACAAUCAAGACAUUCUGGAGCGCGUCGAGAAGCUUCGUGAGCUCGAGUCGCACGCCAAGAGCGAGAGCAACGGCUUGUGGGCCGGCACUGGCGGCACCAUUCGAGUACAAAACGAUCUCGGUGGCCCCGAGUUCAUCAAGGAGUGGAAGGGCAAGACUGUCGAGGGUGUCGUCGAGCGGGUUCUUAGCGGUGACCGGCUCCUGGUUCGACUCUUUUUGUCGGAUACGAAGCACGUGCAGCCCAUGACCCUCAUCGCCGGGAUUCGCACCCCUUCGACCGAGAGGACGAUGCCCUCAACGGGCGCGACGCAGCCGGCCGAGGAGCAUGGCGACGAAGCUCGCCAGUUCGUCGAGUCCCGUCUGCUGCAGCGACAGGUAAAGGUCGAGAUUGUCGGCGCCAGCCCCCAGGGGCAGCUGGUCGCCAGCAUCAUCCACCCCCGAGGCAACAUUGCCGAGUUCCUGCUCCAAGACGGACUGGCGCGCUGCAACGACUUCCACUCCACGAUGCUGGGCGACAAGAUGGCUCAGCUUCGAGCCGCCGAGAAACAGGCUCAGUCGAAGAAGCUGCGACUUCACAAAAACCACGUCGCAAAGGCCGAAGGCGGCAACCAAGAGAUGACGGUCAGCAAAGUCAUUAGCGCCGACACCGUUCUGGUGAAGAACAAGGCGGGGGUGGAGAAGCGAAUCAGCCUCAGCAGCGUCCGCGCACCGCGCACAAACGAGGCCAGCGAGAGCCCCUUCCGAGAGGAAGCCAAGGAGUUCUUGCGCCAGAAGCUGAUCGGCAAGCACGUCAAGAUCAGCAUCGAUGGGAAGAAGCCCGCGUCCGAAGGCUUCGAGGCCAAGGAGGUGGCCACUGUCACGGAAAAGGGCAAGAACAUCGCCCUCCUGCUGAUAGAGUCGGGCUGGGCCUCAGUCAUCCGCCACAGAAAGGACGACACGGACAGAGCCGCCAACUACGACGAGCUGCUGGCGGCUCAGGAAAAGGCCAAGGAGGAGCUCAAGGGAAUGUGGUCCGGCAAACCUCAGAAGGCGAAGCAGUACACCGACCUGUCCGAAAACGCGCAAAAGGCCAAGAUCAUGCUUGCCACGCUGCAAAGACAAAAGAAGGUGCCCGCCAUUGUUGACUUUUGCAAGGCCGGCUCUCGGUUCACGAUCCUCAUCCCGCGGGAAAACGUCAAGCUCACCCUGGUUCUGGGCGGCAUCCGUGCGCCUAGAGCACCCCGAUCCGACGGCGAGGGCGGCGAGCCUUUCGGCAAGGAAGCGCUGGACUUGGCCAACAGGAGAUGCAACCAGCGCGACUGCGAAGUCGACAUCCACGACAUGGACAAGGUGGGCGGGUUCAUUGGCGCCCUGCACAUUAACCGCGAAAGCUUUGCCAAGGUGCUGGUCGAGGAAGGUCUGGCCUCGGUGCACGCCUACUCGGCCGAAAAGUCGGGCAACUCGACCGAGCUCUUUGCUGCCGAGAAGAAGGCCAAGGAGGGACGGAAAGGCCUGUGGCACGACCACGACCCUUCACAGGACGAGGAGGCCGAGGAGCAGCCUGAACAACGGGCCGCUGCAGAGGCCGACGUGCCUCUGGAAAAGAAGCCGGCCGAUUACCGUGACGUGAUGAUUACCAACAUUGACGGCAACGGCAAGCUCAAGAUCCAGGAAAUCGGCAAGGGCACGUCUGCUCUGGAGACGAUGAUGACCGACUUUAGAAAGUUUCACCUGGACUCGAAGAACAGCAAGCCUCUCGGGGACGCCCCCAAGACGGGGGACUACGUCUCUGCCAAAUUCUCGUACGACGGGCAGUGGUACCGAGCCCGCGUCCGUGCCAACGACCGAGCCGCCAAGGUGGCCGAGGUGCAGUACGUGGAUUACGGCAACGCGGAAAAGAUUGCCUGGUCCAGCCUCCGGCCGCUGGACCAGGGCCAAUUCGGCGUCCAGAGGCUCAAGGCGCAGGCCAUCGACGCGGCUCUGUCGUUUGUCCAGCUCCCCACCGGCGCCGACUACUUCCAGGAGGCCAUUGGCGUCAUUGGCGAGCUCACCGACGGCAAGCGGCUGGUUGGCAGCUUUGACUUUGUCGACGCCAAGGAGAAUGUCAGCUACGUUACCCUGUACGACGCCAAGAACGGCGAGCUUCCCAGCUCCAACGACUCCAUCAACAAGGAGGUGGUUGCCAGCGGCUACGGCAUGGUGCCCAAGAAGCUCAAGGCUUGGGAGCGAAGCAAGGCUUUCGAGCCCUACCUGAAGCACCUGCGAGAGGUUGAGGUGCGGGCCAAGCAGGAUCGCUUGGGCAUGUGGGAGUAUGGCGACAUUACCGAAGAUUAA